AUGAAUACAAAUUUUGAUUUUACUGAUUUAUUUAGUUUAAUUUGUUUAAAAGAGAUUUAAUAAAUUUUUGAUCAUUUUAUUAGUUUUAAGAAUUAAAAGAGAGAUUAUGAGCUAAAUUCUUGUUGGUAUUAACACUGUUCAUAGCAAAAAAACUAGUCAAGUUUUUAGUACUUAAAAUAGAAUUUUUCUUAGAGUUUAUAUCUAUUAUUGUUGGUUAAUGAAAGUUAAAACUGCAAGAGUCUCGGUGUUCAGAUUAUUUCAUAAUAUUCUAUUGCUAUUAUUACUACAAUUAAGUAGAUUCGAUUAGACUAUUCUCACAUUCAAUUUUUGAAAGAGAUAAAUCGCUUUGAUCUUAUUCAGAUUCAUUCGAAAUGGAGUCAAUUUAAUUUUGUAAAUAUUUCUCAAAUUUUUAUGGUUGGCAUUUAAUACUACUAUUUACAGACUAUUCUAAGUAAGGAUUGUUACUCACUUUGCAAUCAAGUGAGGCAGACUGAUACCUUUGAUCAAAUUUCUUUUCUUUCUUCUACUCUUUGA